AUGGGAGAUCUAGGCGUAUCAUCUUCACUAGCCGAAUUGGCCGAUGCGACACAAGUCAAGACCAACCGGGAAAGUUUUCACGCCGACUGUAACAAAUCCCACGUCCUGCACAACACCCUCCUCUCUCAACCUCCGACUAUCACCUCUGCCUUAGGUUCCUUUUUAACUCUAUCCACGGGCCAACGUGUUCUCGAUGGCUGUACCGGCGCCGCCGUGGCCUCCAUUGGCCACGGGCACUCUGAAGUACACGCUGCUAUGCUAGAGCAGAUGUCCAAACUGUCAUAUGUACACACAGUAGCAUUCACCACCGACGUUGCAGAGUCCCUGGCGGAUAUGCUGCUAGAAGGAAAUCCAUACGGUCUGUGUAGGGCGUUCUUCGUGAGCUCCGGAAGCGAGGCAACGGAUUCAGCUCUGAAGCUUGCUCGACAAUAUCACGUCGAAAACAACCAGCCAGAAAGGAAGCAUGUCGUGGCGAGAAGGCGUGCAUUUCAUGGAAACACAAUUGGAGCUCUGAGUGUAGGGAGUCAUGUGGCGCGAAGGGCGCCAUAUGAGGAUGCUUUGCUUUUAGGCAACGUGAGUUACGUGAGUCCCACUUACGCCUAUCGUGAUCAGUCUUCGGAAGAAACGGAAGAGGAAUAUUCCGCACGCCUAGUGGAAGAGCUCGAUAACGAGUUCCGGUCGGUUGGUCCGGAAAGAAUUAUGGCCUUUAUCUCGGAGCCUGUCGGUGGUGCGACAGCAGGGUGUCUUACUGCACCCAAGGGCUACUACCAGGGCGUACGCCGGCUUUGUGAUGAGUACGGCAUCCUAUUGAUCCUUGACGAGGUCAUGUGCGGCACCGGCCGGACAGGCACAUUUUUUGCUUUCGAGCAAGAGGGCGAAGGGGUGUACCCGGACUUGCUGACACUUGGUAAAGGAUUAGGAGGAGGGUACGCCCCUAUAGCGAGUGUCCUGGCCCAUGAAAAAGUCAUUGAUGUGCUACAACGUGGCAGUGGUGUAUUCAUUCAUUCGCAUACAUAUCAAGCUCAUGGGCUGAGCUGUGCUGCGGCGCUUGCUGUACAAACGAUAAUUCGCCGAGAUGAUCUCGUUGCGCGGGUUGCGACAAAGGGCCGAUGGCUCGAGACUGCGCUGAAGUCUUCAUUCAGCAAGUCAAGAUUUGUUGGCGAUAUUCGGGGCAAGGGUUUGUUCUGGGCGUUGGAAUUUGUGACUUGCAAGUUCACCAAAACUCCAUUUCGACCAGAAUUACGCUUUACACAAAGGAUGGUCGACGGGGCAUUACGGCGCGGUUUGUCGGUGUAUCCGGGUGCGGGGACUAUUGAUGGUAUCAGAGGGGAUCACAUCAUUAUUGCGCCGGCGUAUAAUGCGUCUGACAAAGUGCUUGAGGAUCUGGUGAGGCUCCUAAAGGAAACAUAUGAGGCAGUCGAGAAGGAGAUAGAACCAGUUCUUAGCAACGGGGAUCACGCUCUCUGGGGCAGCCCGUGUCGAGGUUUGGCGGAUGAAACCCGAGUGCAGUAG